UAAACUUUAAACACAAGUCAUGUGCACGGAAAUACUGUUCAACCAUUCAAGACAUUAAGGGGGUAAAACCGCAAAGCGCAAAUCCCUGCCAUUUCUACCGCAGCCUCCGCCUUGGAGCAUCGGCAGGUGACAUGCUGCUGUUAAUCUGAAGAUCAACAGACUCUAGCGGCCUGCGCAUAUGAUUAUAUAAUCAAACAAAGUCCGUUAAAAAACAUUAUAACACACAUAAUGAGACAUUCUGCAGUAAGCAGGGGCGUUUCACCGACAGGUGGCUCUUACUUUUAUGUAUAGUUGACGGAGCAUUUUCACUUUACACGACACUGUUCAACACUUAAUUCUGCUUCACUCUUUAACUAAACAACAGCGGAUGUCUUGAAAGACUCUUUCGCUAAAGAUUUUGAAGACAUCCGCGUUCUUGUGACUCGUAAAUACUAGGCUUCCUAUCAUUUGGUGCGGACUGCGUUCACACCAGAGAUGAACCCCUCCAGAGUUCACUUGCAAGCGGUCCGAGACCACCUCUUUUAGGCGGACCAGCAUCCGGUUGUUUAGUUCACUUCAGAGGUCUCGGGCUGCGUUCACACCGACCCAAACGAACCGCACCAAGCGGCUAAACGCACCAGGGUUCGAUUCAACUGGACUAUAUGUGUAUAAGGCUGAAAAAUAAAUACUGAAACAAAGAACUGUAAAUCAAGUUGCUGAAUUAAAUACCUGUAGCCUAAAUAAACAAAUACCAAAAUACUAUAUUUUAUGUUUAUUUUAUCCCGCGUUUAUUGUGCCCUUUUCAUAAAAUAACUGGCCCCAGCCUGGCCCCCCCAGUAAAAUUGGUCUAGAACCGCCACUGCUUGUGUGUGCACUUGCUCUGAAGAGAAUUCGUUUGCACAAUAUUCCCCCGUUAUUACGGUACUGUGGCGUUGUUGCCGUGACAACUAAAAUGUGUUAGUCCUCUCUUCCGUGUAUCGGGAACAAAAGCUGCACAUAACUAACAUUAAAAAGACUGUGUGAUAAAAACUACGAAAAACAACCAGUCUGUCUUUCAUAAGUGAGUCUUACAACGCUGUUCAAGCUACGGUGACACUUUUUUGGUUUUUACUACCGUUAGUAGGCUAUCUGACAUUGAAUACAAACAGCGUUAAAGAUGGAAGCCCCACUGGAAGACGAGCCUCUCGCCGGAGCCUUAGCGAGGAUCGAGGGAUACAAGCUAGCAGCCUCUGACUCAGCUCUCACCUUCCUGUCCAGCAUCGAGCCUGCAGAGCUGCUGAAGUGUGUGUUCCCAGACUCUCUGGUGACUGUGUCGGAGAGCGGCAGAGACCUGGGGAAGUUCAGUGUGACGGUGGAGUUUGCCCGUAGACACCAUCAGCCCUGUGUGCUUCUGCAUGCUCAGAGCCAGGGAGCCAUCGAUGACUCCCCCUGUGGCACAACAGUGACAGCCUACCUAACCACAGACCUGGAGGUGCUGGAGGAAGAUUUCCAUGAGUACAUUAAGCUGGAGGACCACAGUUUGGACAGGAGGUGUCACAUGGUGCUACAUGACGGACAGAUGGUGAUUGAUAAAGUUACCACUGUAGGAGGGGAGACGACAAAGGAGAGCAUUUGUUACCCCAUGUCUGCCCUUAGAGGGCUGGUUACAGAGGGGUCCAACUUUCUGCUGAUGCGCCUGAUCGCUCUUAGGAAGAGGGUGCCAGAAAACAUGACCUUCAUCUCCUUCAACCAUGGUCUACACAUCAUCCACAACACUUUUAGCAAGCUGGGUCUGAAGCAGCUGGAGGUUGGGGGUGAGACUGUGGAGGUAUUUGGGCUGGAGAGGAUCGUUGACUCUGUGGAGGACAGCCCCUCUACCUGGCAGUGCUACUUCCUGGCUGACGGGCACUUGGCCAGCAGAUUGCAGGUAGGAUCACCGGUGACCAUGAAGCUUCUUCAGCUGCCAUCACAUAUAGAGAAAGGUUUUGCGAAGAUUCCUCUGGUUUGGGAAGAAGACAUGCAGAUGUGCUCCAAGUUCUUGGACAGAAAGGAGGAGCUGAAGGCUGACCAUGCCUCAUACUUGAGACAGCAUCCAGAGAUCAGAGCCCUCAUAUCUGACUUCCUGCAGUUUUUGCUGCUGAGGAAACCAGAUGACAUCUUCCAGUUUGCCAGAGAUUACUUCAUCCCUUUUGCCUCCCGUCGUCCUCCAAAACCAAGCCUGGAAACCCCCUAACUCAGAAAGAAAAGCCAGGGGCUCACAUAAAAACAGCCUUUUUAUAGCUUUUAAAUCAAUGAUGAAUUUUAAAGUUGUCUGUCUUGCAAUUGUUUCCCUGAAUAGUAGUGUUGCUUUCUGAUAGUGCUUUAAAAAGGUUAAGCGAUGUGAAUAAAGUGACAUGGUUCAAAUAGUA